AUGCGGUGGGAAUCCACUCAGAGGCAUAUGGGAGUGCGUGGGGACUCUGAACCUGGGAAUGCCAUUGACACCUAUAGGCCUUGUACGAAAGGAGAUCAGAAAACUACCGAGCUAGCUACGGGGGCGAGGGUAGAGCCAGGGUCGGAGCCGAUACGGGGACCCUUCGGAUGGGUUCUGGGCGACCCGAGAUGGAACGAGAAUCGUUACAAUCUGUCAUGGAAAGUACUGAAGACUGUGGCGGUCGGUCGUUUGAAUGACGAUGGGAAGUUAGAAUCCCAUUCGACUAAAAUGACUAAUCAGCUACCUAGUAUCUUCCCUUGUGGUGAAAGUCUCUUUCUAACGACUACAUUUUAUGAUUGGCCAAAAGAGAGUAGAAAGAAGAGGGAGAGGAGAGAAAUGGAUAAGAGGCUGAGGCUGACUCCAGUACGACACCCAUACUCGCACGGUCCGAUGGGCCUUCUCUGCAUGUUUACAUACAGAAUGAAAUCACAUUGUCGCAAUGAUGCAGAAAGUGAAUUUAUGACACAAAGACGACGUCCUGGUCAGCAAUUUGAACUCUUAGAGUGUCCAACAUCGCCCUUGCCCAAUACCUUCCAGUUAAGCCAAGUUGAACAUCCUCCGUCCAAAAUGUCGAGUCCAAGUGAAAGGAAGUUUGUUGCUAGGAUGAAGCCCAUGAAAUGGAAUACUACGUUUAACCCUUCGUGCCGAGAAGCCAGCGGAUAUCAUAGCGUGAAGAAAGUCAGAUCAUGGAUUUUCCCCAGCUUUGCCCGCUGGUUGAUGGUCUCCUUUAGUUGCUGGUACUUCUGCGUGGGGGAUACCACGAGUUUUUCCUUCGGCUUCAUAGGAGACGGAGCGCUAACCCUAGAGGUCUGGUCCUGGUAUUCCGGCUACAGAGCUGUAACAGUUGUCCUGGUCCUUAUGGCCCCACCCAUGGAGGGGUUCUCCGUUAAACGCGGAGAACGUCCAGCUUAUCCCAGAAAAGGCCAGACGUAUAUAAAUAGCCUAUUCAGAACCGGUUCUUUCUUGAAUUUGUCGUUGAUGGGGGGUUGUAAAUUAGCCAAAGUUGAGGGGGAGACUGGGAAACAAUUCCUGAAACGCAUUUGUGAAGCCGAUACUCACACUCUCCAAAAAAACACAUGCUUCAAAGAGCGCUUCAGAAUAGAUCUCCGGAAGAUCGCUCCUAUGGCUAAACUGUUUUGCAUACUCUCCGGACAAUUGAUGGAGCUUUCGGAUUCGUUGACAGGCUUUGUCCUAGAUGAAGAAAUAAACAGCUCAGGAGAAGUUACAGCUGAUUCUCCUUGCAUUCUUGGAGCAUAUCGGCAAAUGGUUCUCUGCUUUGACUUGAUGAGAAUAUACAAUAUUCAGCAUUCAUGCGAAGUCCAACCGCGCCGGAAGGUGAUACGGGGUUUCUCUGGCUACAAUGCCCAGCGUACUACAGCAAACUCAUUCUCAGAUGGAAACGGUGGCUCCAGCGGCAUUUCAAUAUCUUCCGCUACCAAUACUUCCCUGCUAAAAGAAUUUGUAUACUAUGAUGCACGUGUACUCCAAGACUUUCGUAAUGGAGCUGGUAGCCUCACACUCAUUUGUCCACUAGAUCAUUUCCCCCUUGCCCCUGAAACGAGACUCCUAGGAAAUAUCAUGGAGCAAAUUCGAGGGUUGAAAGUGUAA